AUGAUGAAUUCAUAUUUAAUGUGUACAUUUGAAGGUCAUGAAAAUGAAUAAAUAAUCGGGUUUUGUGUAAAUGAAAGUUGUACUUAAAUUCCAUAAUUUUGUUUGCAAUGUUUAAAAGAGAGACACAAAAGUCAUGUCGAUGAUUGCAAAAAUUUCCAAUAAUAUCAGGAGAUUGCUAUAAAGUCAUUAAAACAAUAACAACAAGAACUAGAUGAAUUAGAAAAAGUUUAUAAUUAAAUUAAUAAAGCAUAUAAAUAAUAUAGCUAAAUAUUAGUGAAUGAAAUCUCUAAAAUAACAAAAUUAAUAGAGAUGUUCGCUCAAAGAUAAUAUUAUGAUAUCAAGUCUCUAAUAUCUACCCAAAAUUACUCAUAAAAAAGUUUCAUACUUAAAACUUAAUGUAUGUGUUAAAAAUAUUUUUAGAGAACUUUUUAUCAUUUAUUUAAACUAUUGAAAACGCUAUUAAAGGAGUGAAAAAGCCAAAUCUCAGUCAAGAAUUUGUAUAAUAACCCAUAAAAUACGAGAAUGAUAAAGUAUAAGCUUAAGACUUAUUUAAAUAAGGUUAAAAUAGUUUUCAUUAAUUAGGCAUGAAACUAUGGGAGUAAUAAGCGUUUUCUGAAGCGUUAAAUUUUUUCAACGAGUCAAUCAAAUAUGAUGCAUCCAAUGAUGAUGUUUAUAGAUGGAUAGGUUGAAAAUUAUUGUUAAUUAAUCAGGUCGCACAUUAAUCAAAUUAGGAAGAGUAAAUGAAGCACUAAAUGUAUGCGAUAUUGCAAUUUCAAUUAAUCCUUAAAAUGAUUUAGCAUAUACUACAAAGGGUAUUAUUAAUCAAAAAUAUAGCUUCUGCGCUAUUCGAAUAAAGGCGCUAUGAUGAUGUCAUAAUUUGGUGUGAUAAAGGUCUUAAAAUAAACCCAUAAAAUGAUGCUGCAUUUGUAAACAAAGGUUUGUUCAACAUUAUUUAUAUUUUAUUUUUAGGACUUGCAUUAGGGCGUUUAUACAGAUAUCAAGAGGAACUAAUGUGCUAUGAUAAAUCAAUAGAGAUAAAUAGAAAGAAUGAAACAGCUUACAUAAACAAAGGUUAUUUAGAUUUAAAUCAAUAGGUUGUGCCUUAAAUCGUUAAAAAUAAUAUUAAGAAGCAAUAUAGUGUAGUGAUGAGCUUCUUAGGAUAAAUUCAUAGCUUCAUCAAGCUUAUUCCAUAAAAGGUAUAUUUCAAUUGUAUAAGGGAUUGCAUUAUAUGAAUUAUCAUAAUAUAAGGAAGCCGUUAAAUAAUUUGACAAAGCAUAUUAGAUUUCAAAAUUGGUUGAGUAUCUAGUGCUUAAAGGUAAAUAUUAAUUUAAAAUUUAGCUGACUCAUUAUUUUAUUCAGGUUAAAGGAGAUAAUCUAAAUAAUUGUAUAUCGAAGCUAAGAAUAAAGGGUAUCAAGACAUAGAAUAUCUCGAGAGGAAAAUAAGUGAAAUUUGA